AUGCCUCGCCAGUUCUUCGUCGGUGGUAACUUCAAGAUGAACGGCUCAGUCGAGCAGAUCAAGAAGAUCAUUUCAGUUAUCAACGAGGCCAAGUUGGACCCCAACACUGAGGUCGUUAUUGCCCCUCCCUCCCUCUACCUCCUCCUCGCCCGCGAGCAUCUCAAGCCCGGCCUCGAAGUCGCCGCCCAGAACGUCUUCGACAAGCCUAACGGCGCCUUCACCGGCGAGAUCUCCGUCGAACAGCUCAAGGACAGCAACAUCGGCUGGACCCUCCUGGGCCACUCGGAGCGCCGCGUCAUCCUGCAAGAAGACGACACCUUCGUCGCCAGCAAGACUAAGGCUGCGCUCGACGGUGGCAUCAGCGUCAUCUUCUGCUGCGGCGAGUCUCUGGAGCAGCGCGAGAGCAACCUAACCAUCAAGGUCGUGACUGCGCAGCUGAAGGCUAUCAAGGACAAGGUGCUGGACUGGAGCAAGAUUGUCAUUGCGUACGAGCCGAUCUGGGCUAUUGGGACUGGAAAGGUUGCCAGCACGGAGCAGGCGCAGGAGGUUCAUGCUGCCAUUCGUAAGUGGCUGAAGGAGGAGGUGAGCGAGAAGGCGGCCGAGGAGACGAGAAUCAUCUACGGUGGAAGUGUGAGCGAGAAGAACUGCAAAGAUCUGGCUAAGCAGGCUGAUAUCGAUGGGUUCUUGGUUGGAGGUGCUUCCCUCAAGCCCGCUUUUGUGGAUAUCAUCAACAGUCACUUGUGA